AUGACUUCUGCUAACCCAAGUGAUUUUUGCUCUGCCGCAUUCAGCUGGUACAAACGUGGCCUUGUGUCUGAAGCUGCCUCCGCAGCUGGCUUUGGAGAUCAUAUUCAUUGGAGAACACUAGAAGAUGGGAAGAAAGAGGCAGCAGCCAGUGGUUUGCCUCUUAUGGUUAUCAUCCACAAGUCUUGGUGUGGAGCUUGCAAAGCUUUAAAGCCAAAGUUUGCUGAAUCCAAGGAGAUCUCUGAACUUGCCCAUAAUUUUGUUAUGGUCAACCUUGAGGAUGAUGAAGAGCCAAAGGAUGAAGCCUUUAGUCCUGAUGGAGGUUAUAUUCCCAGAAUCCUUUUCAUGGACCCCAGUGGAAAAGUCCACCCAGAAAUCAUAAAUGAGAAAGGAAACCCCAGCUACAAGUAUUUCUAUACCAAUGCUGAUCAAGUUGUCCAAGGGAUGAAGGAGGCCCAGGAGAAGCUAACAGGUGAUGCUUUCAAACAAAAACACCUGGGAGAUGAACUAUAAUGAAUACACUGAAUGAUGCUUUUCCAUCACUUCAAAACUCUAAAAGGAAAUGAUUAAACAGACAAGAAUGUAGAUGCACUGGAGGGACAUAAUUCUCCUGUCAACAGUGUUAGGUUAAACCCUGUUUGGAGUUCACACACAUACAUCAGUUACAGUGUUAUCUCCUCCUCUGCCUGGCAGUUUGUCCUGUAAUGAUUAUUUGCAACUAGGUAAUGUGCAAACACAUCAGUUUGUGUGUUUGAGCAGCCACUAAUAUUUGAUGUGAAAAGGGAAGCGUGUAGGGCAAAACAUUAUUUGAGGACAAACAGUGUGAUUGGAAUAACUAGAAAUAGCCAACAUUUUGACACUUAAUCAGGGUUGGAUCCCUCUUUUCUCACUGGUAUUACGUGAUCCCAUUGUUUUUACUGGGGAUUCCUAUGAAUGGGGCAUGUUCCUUGGCCAGGUGUUUUCUAGACAUCCCAAACCAUGAAUUCUGCCACUAAGCCAAGUAGAAUAAAUUCCAUGAAUGUCCAAGUAGCAUGUGAAAUUAUUAGUGUGUGCAAACACAUUUUUGUGUAAAAUUGUGUGUGAUUCAUCUUUAUUUGCCUUUGGGCAGAAAUUUAACUUUCUCCUUGUGCACUCACCUUUUGAUUGUUUCAUCAAGUGAGGGUGGGUUAUGUUGAAGCUUUACGGGGGUUCCCCUUUUAUUCUUUGAAUGUUUUUUGGCGAAUGCCUUGCCAUCACAUUGUACUGUAUUUUUGUACCAGGGUGAAAAUUAAACCUUUUUAAACAUAAGCAUGUAGACAGUGUUUUGUGGUAAAGGGCAUAGCUUUCCAUUCUUAAGGAUGGGGGAAUAUAUUUUUGUUUAUGUUUCAGUGGUUAUUAAUGUUGAAUGUCACAGCUGAAGAAGGUUUUUCCUUUUUAUAAUUAAAAAGCAAUGGUUGCUUUUC